AUGAACGCUGAAGCAAGCGUCGUGAAUAAUAUCGCUCAAAGACGUACGAUGUUUGCAGUUUGGCGUAAUACAAAGAGCGGUAACGCCCUGAAGGAGAUGGAAUUCAUUCAGGGCAGGAUCCGCGAUUUCGAGACCAAGAUCGAGGAUCUUCAGUUCGCUACUGAUUGUAAAGACCGGGAGAACGAGCGACUCCGGUCGUUAGCUUCCGACAUUUAUGUCCAGCAUUUAAAUAUGCUGGACUAUAUGGAACAAAAUGACAUCCAGAUUCCACUUUAA